UCCGUCCACUCCAACUCUCUUCGCGAGAGAAGGGGACCUGAGGAUGUCAUUUGCCGCGAACCCGCUAGCCCUGAGCGUACCAGAGCCUGCCUUCGAGGCCUGGCUUCGCGACUCCGGCUACCUAGAAAUCCUCGACACCAGCUCCUCCUCGUUGCCCACUUCCUCUGCCUCAUUUCCUUCCUCCUCGAAACCACUCCCGCCGAAAACUCCGUCAGCUGCCGUCGCCGGUGGAAUAUCCUCCAUCUUCUUCUUUCUACGAACCCUAGCUUCCCUGUUUACCAUCAACCCCUUCGCUAAGCUAACUCCGGAGGACUUCGUUCGUGAGACGCCGUCUUGGACUGUCGGGUUUGUCGGCGACGCCAGCUCCUACUCAUGGCCUGGCGGGCCCUCCCAGGCCCGGAUGAGGGUUCAGGAAAAUGUUCGCCGAUACGCCCGGAACUAUGCUUUCUUAUGCCUUAUCUUCUUCGCGUGCUCGUUGUAUCAGAUGCCAGUUCUGCUCUUGAGUCUGAUGGUAUGUUUGGGUCUUUGGGAGCUGCUGAGGUUCUGUAGCGAUAAAUGGGAGCUGGAGGAAAAGCGCCCAGCGGUGAGGACAAUUUUGGUUUUCGCUGCUCAAUUUGGAAUGUUGGUGAUACUCUACUUAACCGAUCUCCAGGUGGCUCUUUUUUAUACCGCGGUUGUCAGCUACACAGUAAUGCUUCUGCAUGCUUCUCUUCGAAAGCUGGCUUCUUCUAAGCAUUCCCUAAGCACAAAUCAACACCGAAGGCCAUACCAGAAGCAAAUUAAUUUUCCUUCCAAGUAAGAUCGUAAUACUAUGUUUUAUAGGCCCUCAGCUUGCUUCUUUCUACAUUCAUUUAAGCUCAAUUUAGGCUUGUAAAUAAAGUAAAAUACAAAGCUUUUAGGCCUGCAGUUGGUUCAUUAAUCACUCAAUUGCGCUUCUUUAGCUGAAGUUGGAGAAUUAUUUCAAUUAGUAUUUUUAGUUACGGUGGCUAACAAAUGUAGAAAGAAGUUAUUUUGUGUUGCCUGGAGAUCACUUUUUGGCAUCAACUUAUUCGAAAAUGCCCUGGUUCAAGUUUUAUGGAGAAAUUUUCUUUAUUGUAUUUA